AUGUAUCCUCGACCGUCAGCCUCUCUUCAAUCUCCGCCCGUCUAUCUAACAUGGCAACACUGGGAAUCGGUGGCCGUGGCUAUUUUGGAUCUCCCAAACGAGGUCACCACAUAUGAUCUAUGGGGAAAGUUUUCGAAAGAGGGCCCCAUAUUCUCAAUCGACAUCUUGGAAGACCGUCAUGGUAAUCGAUCCAGCCGCGGACGGGUUCGUUUCAAACCGCCUCCUACUCGAGACUUCUGGCUAGACAGAACCUACCCCCUGCAGCUUCAAAAUGGUCGGACUUAUAAUCUCAAGCUCCAAAUUGAAGUGAACAGUCUUGGCUUGUGGGUGGCCAGCCCUUCUCGUGAGAGUGUAUCUUAUCCCGCCCAGCUUGAGCUCAGCCCUUCCGACUUCGAUAUCGGAGUCUCCCCAGAUGAAAAGUCAUUCUUUCCACUGCGCUCUUUUAAACAGUCGGACGAGCCAAAAUUUCUUCUUGAUGUCAGGAAUCGGGCACUCUUUAUCUUCUUUCAGCUGUCGAUUCGCCAGACUAGAAGAACAACAGCUACGGAUGUCGCAGAUCCUACCUCGUUAUUCCGGAUUCGAAUCAAGUUCUUUGAGCUCUCCAAGGUCUGGGCAACGCAAAACGAUGACACUAAGGAACAGACAUAUGUCAUCUUGCUUGAUACGCCUCCCACUUUCCAUCGGCAAUCCUCUACCCCUACUUUUAGCUCGGAAACCAGCUUCAGAACUUCGGACACAUGGUAUCGUCAGACAUCCGUGGUCCACAAUCCUCUGACCCAGGCAAAUAUCACUACCAGUCUUCGCAAGAAGGGUCAGAUUAUUGACAUCGGUCGAUGGAAUGUCUUCAAGAUUGUCUUCCGCCCAGAAGAUAACGACACCUUAAAUAUUAUCCGAGCAAUCUUGAAUGAUCACAAUAUCAUUGUUCAAGAUGGAAGCAAUUUCAAGGAGUCUACUGAACGCCCCGAGGCAGUUUGGCGGUGGAUUGACCUCACAGAGCCGAAUAAGGAUACUUCCGAGCUCGAAAGUCUGUACGAUCCGGAUUUUAUCCACUUGUCGUUCCCAGUUCGUUAUCAACUCGAAGUGUGCCUUUCAAAUAAUUACUUCUCCGAGUAUGCAGUGACCAAGGAGUUUCUUUUGAAACUCGUGGAUCUUGGAGAGACGAGAGGCAAAGAGCUCUUGGAACAUGUGGCCACAAAUAGGAUUAAGUAUCACAACCCCAUGGAUAUUUUCAACCUGCCAUUCUACAGAGGUGUGAGGACCGGCAUUCCAAAACGCUGUUGCUUCAUGCGCACUGCCAGGGUGACUCCAACGACCAUCUACUACAAUACGCCUACCGUAGAUACCUCGAAUCGCGUGACUCGUCGUUACAUCGAAUUCGCGGACCGUUUUCUUCGUGUCCGGUUCACGGAUGAGUUAACCCAAGGAAGGAUUCAUUCCAGUUUCAACGACACCAAUGACGAAACCUUUACUCGCAUCAAGAGAACUUUGACUAGGGGUAUCACGGUUGGAGAUCGUCGUUAUGAGUUCCUGGCUUUUGGCAACUCUCAAUUUCGCGAGCAUGGGGCCUACUUCUUUGCACCUACACCAGAUCUUACUGCUGCUCACAUACGGGCUUGGAUGGGCCAGUUCAAUCAUAUUCGGAACAUUGCCAAAUGUGCUGCACGACUGGGUCAGUGCUUCUCUACCACGCUCCCUGUUGUUGGCUCUCCAGUGACACUUGUGCAAUGUGAGGAAGUCAUCCGCAAUGGUUUCACCUUUUCCGAUGGCGUUGGGAAAAUCUCCAAGUUUCUCGCAGAGAUGACCGUGACCGACCUUGAUAUUAGAACGCAGACGGGUAAGCCCCCCUCUGCGUACCAGUUCCGCCUCGGAGGCUGCAAGGGUCUGUUGGUGAUUUCUUCUGACCCUAAGCCCAAGGAGAUCUUUAUCCGCCCAAGUCAAUUCAAGUUUGAAGCCGAGGCAAAUGGCCUCGAGAUUAUUCGCUGGUCAAGGUAUUAUCCGGCAACAUUGAACCGUCAAAUGAUUCUUGUACUUUCGGCCCUCAAGAUCUCGGACAAGGUGAUCCGCGCAAAGCUUGAUGACAUGCUCAAAGAUUUGAACAAAGCCAUGAGCCAAGUCGAGCCCGCGAUUAACCUACUGCGAAAGUUCGUCGAUCCUAAUCAGAUAACUGUCAUUCUGGCGCAACUGGUGAAGGAGGGAUUUAUGCAGACGCAUGAGCCAUUUGUCACGUCAAUGCUUCAGCUUUGGAAGGCAUGGCACAUGAAAAAUCUCAAGGAAAAAGCCCAUAUUGUGAUCGAUCAAGGUGCAAACCUCUUUGGCUGUAUGGAUGAAUUAGGUGUUUUAAAAGGCGUUUUCAAUCACAAAAGCGAUCCUCAAAGGUUGACAUAUAAUCAGAAACUGGAAGCUCUCCCAGAGAUUUUUGUCCAGAUCUGUCGCUGGGAGAACCAACAGCCAGAGGUUAUUACAGGUCUCUGUCUUCUGGCCCGGAAUCCCGCUCUCCAUGCGGGUGAUAUUCGAGUCGUGAAUGCGGUUGACAAGCCAGAGCUCAGACAUCUUCAUGAUGUUAUAGUUCUGCCUCGGACUGGCGAUCGAGAUCUCGCCAGCAUGUGCUCCGGUGGCGAUCUCGAUGGUGACGACUACCUGGUAUUUUGGGAUCAAGAACUUAUCCCAAAGAACUGGUUCAUGCCCCCAAUGUCAUACCCCAGUAACAAGGCACCAGAUCUGAAUCACGAUGUCACCGUUGACGAGAUCACGUCUUUCUUUGUCACGUACAUGAAGAACGACAGUCUCCCUCGGAUUGCACACGCCCAUAUGGCCCAGGCGGACAGACUGGAGUAUGGUGUCCUCGAGCACAAAUGCAAGCUGCUCGCGAGAUUACAUUCUGAUGCUGUUGAUUACGUCAAAACAGGCAGCGUCGCAAACAUGGACCGUGAUCUAGAGCCUCAACUAUGGCCGCACUUCAUGGAGAAGAGGAACAAGCGCCCUGAGCACAUCUACCAGUCCAAGAAGAUUCUCGGCCAGAUCUACGAUGCAGUGGAGACGAACGAUUUUGCGCCCAUGCUUAACCUUCCUUUCGAUGCCCGUAUUCUGAAUUCUGACCUCGUUUCCGCCAGUGAAAAUUUUCUCGAGUUCGCAGCAGAUCUCAAGGUUGAUUACGAUAGCGCAAUGCGUCGCAUCAUGGCGCAGUUUGACAUCAAGACUGAGUUCGAGGUAUGGUCCACAUUCGUGAUGAGCCAUAACUGCCUCUGUCGCGACUACAAGAUCCACGAGGAUCUAGGUCGUGUGGCCGGGACUCUUCGAGAGGGCUUCCGCAAAACCUGCUACGAAAAGGCCCGGGGACGAACAUUCGAAGAAGCCGCACCAUUGGCUCUGGCUCUUUACCGUGUGACAAAUGAUGAGAUGAAGCAUGCGCUGAGUGCUCAAGAAGAAGGUUCUGCCCAUGGCGACUAUGAUGACGCAGAGUCAGUCGGCAGUGAUGAAAGUAGCAAGCCAAAACAGCAACUGCCGCUCAUCAGCUUCCCGUGGAUUUUCCAUGAUUUCCUCGGCAAGAUAGCGACUGGCAAUUUCAGGAUGCCAGCCAAGGAAGAGGCUGACAAUGGCGCCGCCCCGCGUGCUCAGAAUAAAAUCUUUACGCAAGAUGAUAUGCAGAAGCUUCUAGAAGACCUUCAAGGCCUCGAUCUUGGCAAAGAUACCGAUGCUCCGGCUCCGCUUGAUGAGACUUCCCAGGUUAGUGUUCAUCUGGCUAAGAACGUUUUUGCUCAAGGAAGCGAUCCUACCGAGUCUGGCGUGCCUGGGUUCGAGCCGCCUCGUCAUCUGGGUAAGAUCCAUGCGCCCGAGGAUGAUCAAUUGAGUGGUGCAAUCGACUACCAACCCGAAGAAGUUUAUGGAGAACACUACAAGGAGAAUAGGAAUAUCGUGGAAUUGUCCGAGCAGGACGAAGGAGUAAAGCCUAGUGCUCUUGAUAAAUUGCUGAGCUUGGUCGGCGACGAUUGA